AUGAGGCCUGAGAACCAGAGCAGCCUGUGUGAGUUCCUCCUCCUGGGGCUCCCCAUCAGGCCAGGACAGCAGGGAGUGUUUUUCACCCUGUUCCUGGGCAUGUACCUGACCACGGUGCUGGGCAACCUGCUCAUCAUCCUGCUCAUCAGGCUGGACUCCCACCUGCACACGCCCAUGUACUUCUUCCUCAGCCACUUGGCCUUUUCUGACUUUUCUCUGUCAUCUGUCACUGUCCCAAAGAUGCUAAUGGACAUGCACACACAGCAACAAUCCAUCCCCUAUGUGGGAUGCAUUUCUCAGUUGUAUUUUUUCAUACUUUUCGGUGGUCUUGACAAUUUCCUUCUGGCAGUGAUGGCAUAUGACAGGUAUGUGGCCAUCUGUCACCCUCUACACUACACCACCAUCAUGAGGGAGGGGCUGCGUACACUGUUGGUGGCUGCCUCCUGGAUUAUCUCCUGUGGCAGUGCCCUCUUGCACACCCUCCUGUUGAAGAGCAGCAUGAGGCCUGAGAACCAGACCAGAGUGUCCGAGUUCCUCCUCCUGGGGCUGCCCAUCCUGCCAGAGCACCAGGGUGUGUUCUUCACCCUGUUCCUGGGCAUGUACCUGACCACGGUGCUGGGCAACCUGCUCAUCAUCCUGCUCAUCAGGCUGGACUCCCGCCUGCACACGCCCAUGUACUUCUUCCUCAGCCACCUGGCCCUCACUGAUGUCUCUUUCUCAUCUGUCACUGUCCCUAAGAUGCUCAUGAACAUGCAGACUCAGCAACAAUCCAUUCCCUAUGUGGGAUGCAUUUCUCAGUUGUAUUUUUUCAUACUUUUCGGUAGUGUUGACAAUUUCCUUCUGGCAGUGAUGGCAUAUGACAGGUAUGUGGCCAUCUGUCACCCUCUACACUACACCACCAUCAUGAGGGAGGGACUGUGUGUGCUGCUGGUAGCUGCCUCAUGGAUUAUUGCCUGUGCCCAUGCACUGUUGUACACUGGCCUCUUGGUCCAACUGUCCUUCUGUGCCAACAAUGUUGUUACCCACUUCUUCUGUGACCUCACUGUGCUCCUGAAGCUCAGCUGCUCAGAUAUCUCCCUCAAUGAGUUGGUCAUCUUCACUGAGGGAGGAAUGCUUUAUUUUCUAUCUUUGGCCAUUGUUUUGGGCUCAUAUAUCCAUAUAGGGACCAUCAUCCUGAGGGCUCCCUCCACUAAGAGACUCUUGAAAGCUUUUUCUACUUGUGGCUCCCAUCUCCUUGUGGUGUCUUUAUUCUAUGGGACACUUGCUGUUGUUUACUUUUUGUCCUCGUCAUGGGAUUCUAAAAACAUAAUUGCUUCAGUCAUGUAUACAGUAGUUACCCCCAUGCUGAACCCCUUCAUUUACAGCCUGAGGAACAGGGAUAUAAAGCAGGCCUUAGAAAUAUUUGUCAACAGGGUUAAUUUAUUUAAGUGGAAAUCACUAAAUCCUCUUAUUACAGUCAGGAGCACAGUGUGGUACAUGUCCUAGCACUAUUGUAAGAUUGACAUCUCCAUAGAAGUUUAAUAGAGUAUCCACUCUGUUGUAACGUAUUAGUGUAGUCAAUGUGUCUACAAGUCAUGUUUGCUACUCAGGUUAUUAAUCAUUCUUCAUUGCUAACUGACAAUUUUUCUUAUCAUCUCUUCUAAGCAACAUGCAAAGCCUUAUGGCAAAUACACUGCAGAAUUAUAAUUGUGGAUUUGUCUUUUUCUCCCUUUACUUUUGUCAGUUUUUUCUUAUGUACUUUUACACGGUUUUAUUGAGGACACACUGAUUUAACACCAUGAUCCACUCCUGCUGAACUUUUUUUUUUG